UGUACGUAAGACAAGCAGUAACAGUGGGAAUAUGACAAUUCACAAUUUAUACAUAUUUUCCAAAAAUGGAACGUUACUGUAUUACACUGAAUGGAGUAGACUGAAUAAAUCUGGAAUCACAAAAGAAGAGGAAGCUAAAUUGAUGUAUGGAAUGCUAUUUUCCAUUAAAUCCUUUGUAAGUAAAAUAUCACCACUGGACCCAAACGAAGGAUUUUUGUAUUUCAAAACUAGUAAAUACACAUUGCACUAUUUUGAAACUCCCUCUGGAUUGAAAUUUGUUUUAAAUACGGAUAAUAUUUCACAGAAUGCUAGAGAAUUGUUACAACAGUUAUAUAGAGAGGUUUAUUUAGAAUAUGUAGUAAAGAAUCCAUUAUGCCAAUUAAAUGAACCAAUUCAAAGUGAACUGUUUAAAUUAAAAGUAGACGAAUUGUUUAAAAAGUCACCGCUAUAUUUAAGUAGAACAAUUUAA